AUGGGGUUACCUCCACAACUGAUCAUUUGUACUGCUAUUAAAAUACUUAUCUGUAUUCUGACAAUAGUAGUAUUGAUUUUACUUGAUCCUGAUUAUACUAUUGCGUAUAUAUCGGUGAAUUAUGAGAUCGUACUAAUUUACAUAAUUUCAUCGCUUACAUUACUUUACUGCAUCGUUUCCAUAAUUAUGUACACAAUUGUUUAUCGUCAACAAAGCAACAACAGAAAUGAGCCAUCUCUUACAAACUGUUCAAUUACUGAAGUGGUAUUUGCGGGAAUUGGAAUGAUUAUUUGGAUGUUUGUUUGUGGUGUCGGAGGCACCAUUUCUCAGCGUACAAUUAUUGAAACUGGCGAACGGUUUGGAUGGAUGGGCGCGUGUGCUGGGAUCAUCGUGUCGUUAUAUUUGGCGAUAAUGGCAUUGUUUUGUUUGAAUUUGAUGACAGAAAAAAUAUUCAGUUCGGAACGGAACAAUAAAUAUAUAAGUGCUCAUUACCCUCAUGAUUCAAGAAUAUAA